GUUCGUCGGCGGUCUCGUGAGCGAGUCGUCGAUCGCCUCGCCUCUCUUCCGCGCGACCACGCACACUCUGUCGUCGUCGUCGUCGUCGUCCGGUCCUUGUACCUCGGUGGCCCACGUACACGGCACACCCGCGAGCAGAAACGACGGCGGUGGCGCGCGGAGAGCAGGCGGUACGCGCGAAUUGCACGCACGCACGCACACGAGCGCGCGACACCCACACCAUUCUUGGACCAACACCCUUGAGUCGCGCGUAGUGCUAAUUUCCUCUCCCGCGGUCGCACGGUGGGAAAAGCGAACCGGCGAUCUCGUGAGCAGGAAGGCGCGAGGAGGAAACCGACGUGACGGUUGCCGCGAGCUCGUGAGGGAAAUGGAAGGUUUCUGGAUCUACGGCGCGAUCCACGCGAUCAAGGCUCUGUCGUACGUGUACGACUUGCUGACCUUUCCCGUGUAUCUCAUACUUCAGCGACCAUGGGAGAAGCGCAAGGCCUCGCGGAGGAUCAAGGCCCGUCCGAUCUCCAAAGAUGACAACCAGAUUACUUACAGAAGCGUCGACUCCCCGAAGCCGAUGCACGUCAUGCUCGAGCGCGAAAAGGUCGAUACUCUGGAAAAGGUGCUUCUUUGGGUCGUCAAGAUGCACGGCGAUAAGAGGUGUCUCGGUACCAGGCAAAUCUUAGCGGAGGAGGAUGAGCCUCAACCUAACGGCAGAAUCUUUAAAAAGUAUAAAAUGGGAGAAUACAAAUGGAAGUCAUUUAGUGAGGUCGAUAAAUUGGCUUCUUCCUUCGGCCGGGGUUUGGUAGAGCUUGGUAUGAAGCCACGUAAAAACAUCGUUAUCUUCGCCGAGACGAGAGCGGAAUGGAUGAUAGCGGCGCACGCAUGCUUCAAACAGAAUUUCACCGUGGUGACGAUCUACGCGACUUUGGGCGACGAGGCUAUCGCUCACGGUAUCCACGAAACCGAGGUGGACAUUGUCAUCACCAGCCAUGAACUUCUGCCCAAGUUCAAGCGACUACUGGACUUGGUGCCGACGGUGAAGAAAAUUAUCUAUAUGGAAGAUCAGCUCAAACCAACCAGCACCAAAGGUUUCAAGGACGGAGUGCAGCUGCUACCCUUCGCCGAUGUCAUCAAAAUGGGCAACAAGUCAACUGCGAGCGCUAUCUCACCGAAGAGCGAUGACACCGCUAUAAUUAUGUACACGUCUGGUUCGACCGGAGUACCGAAAGGCGUCCUUCUCUCUCAUAAAAAUAUCAUAAGCACUCUAAAAGCCUUCUGCGACGCUGUCGAGAUCAGGUCGGACGACGUUUUCCUCGGUUUCCUGCCGCUAGCCCAUGUCUUCGAGUUACUGGCCGAGAGUGUGUGUCUUUUAAACGGAGUGCCCAUCGGUUACAGCUCGCCGCUUACGCUGAUCGACUCGAGUAGCAAGAUUCAGAGGGGAUCAAAGGGUGAUGCUUCCGUCCUACAUCCAACUUGCUUAACCGCAGUACCGCUUAUUCUCGAUCGCAUCUCCAAAGGAAUAAACGAGAAAGUGAAGAAAUCUGGCCCCUUCAGACAAGCUAUCUUCAAUUUCGCGUACGAAUACAAACUGAAGUGGACGAAGCGAGGCUAUGAAACACCUCUCUUUGACAAAUACAUCUUUGGAGCGGCGAAACAAGUGCUCGGUGGUCGGGUUCGGCUUGUUCUCUCUGGAGGCGCUCCACUCAGCCCAGACACUCAUAAUCAAGUGAAACUCUGCCUAUGCGUCACCGUAACUCAAGGAUAUGGUCUCACGGAAACGACCUCUUGUGCAACCGUUAUGGACAUGCACGAUAGAACCACCGGGAGAGUCGGAGCACCCACUACGGUUUGCGAUAUCCGAUUAGAGAAUUGGGAAGAGGCUGGCUAUCGAGUCAAAGAUCAUCCACAUCCUAGAGGAGAGAUAGUGAUCGGUGGCGACAUAGUUUCCGCUGGUUACUAUAAACUGCCGGACAAAACGAAGGAAGACUUCUUCCAGGAGGACGGCAGACAAUGGUUCCGAACAGGAGAUAUUGGCGAGAUUCAUGCUGAUGGUACCAUCAAGAUUAUUGACCGAAAGAAAGACUUGGUUAAACUACAACUAGGCGAAUACGUUUCCUUGGGCAAAGUCGAAUCCGAGUUGAAGACUUGCCCUGUCGUAGAAAACAUAUGCGUCUAUGGCGAUGCGAAUAAAGCGUAUACAGUGGCGUUGGUCGUACCUAACCAGCAUUAUCUGGAAGAAAUCGCCAGUAACCUAGGGAUAACGGGAAAGAGUCUUGAGGAGCUCUGUGGCAAUCCACAGAUCGAGAAAGCGGUACUCCAAGAACUUGUUGAGCAAGCGAAAAAAUGUAAGCUUCAAAGGUUUGAAAUACCAGGUGCGGUGAAAUUGUGUGCAGAACAAUGGUCGCCCGACAUGGGUUUGGUUACCGCGGCAUUCAAACUCAAGAGAAAAGCGGUUCAGGAACGUUAUCAACAUGAAAUUAAUAGGAUGUACGCUUCGUGAUGUUCCGCCAUAGGUUGCACUAAGUGUUGCGUGUAAUGGGGAUCUAAACCUAAGAAAUCACCUUGUCCAACAGACGGUACCUCGAUAAUUCAUAGAUACAUGUAAACUUUGUCAUAAGCUCACAUGCUGGUCACGGGACAUGUGCCGAGUUCGUGGCAAUCGCGUGUAAUGAUAUCAAACGAUCCCAGCUUUCUUUGUGUGACUUUCUCGGUUCCGUCUUAAUUAAUGGCAGUCUGAUUCAUUGACGUUUGAUCAGAUCAAACAGAACAAAUUGUCAUUAAUUCGGUUGGUUGUGUUGGAAAAAAUCGUUCGCAAAACGCUGAGAUCUUUUGAUCUAAAAAUGAAAGUAUCGCUUUUGAAGGCAUUUCUUCAUUAGGUCUUCCGAGCGCGACAAAUUUUUCGCCAAUUUUACAUCGAUUGUUUGUUAUACGCAAGUCGAGUGUUCGAUUUUGUUACAUGAAGCCGAGAGAUUUUUCUAUGUAUCACUUUACGCAUUGUCACAUACUUUACGUAUGUAUUAUCGAGAGCAAAUAAAGAUCGUAAAGUGAUACCAUAGUGCGAUAUUAGAAAAAAAAUGGUACAAGACGAUUUUCCGUUAGGAAAGUUGUUGUCGUCCUACUCCCUCUACUUUUAUAUCAGUUUUGUCUAUGUCACUCGAUUCGUCGCGCCUGUAUUUCAGUUGUGCAUCUAAUUGUUGGUGUUAACGAACCAGUCACAAUAUCUUUAUGAACAAGCAGGUUUCAAUUAAAUUCAUAAAUUCAUACGGUGUACUUAUUUUUAAGCGUUAUUCAAAAUUCGUUUUUAGAGGGGACGGGAUGUUUGAGAGGGAUUUUCUCAGAGAGCUUUUUGUUUUCUGACGAAUAAUAUAUCAUAUGUAUAUACAUAGAAAAGAAAUGAAAGGCUGUUUGUGUUCCGCACGCGUAGAUAAAUUUCAAGACAAAUUUAAUAAUAUAUAAAUUAAAAUUUCUCUCUCAUCGACUUACUACCACUUAACAUUGUACUGUUAUACCGUCUGUCUAGCAAUUCGUCGACAUACUCUGCCUACUUUUUGAAAUAUUAAUUCAAACAUCACAAUAUUUCUCCCAGCAACAGAGAGAGUAUUUUUGUGUAUAUGCGUAUGUGCGAGUGUGUAUAUGCGCGCGAGGGUAUUUGAUUUUCAUUGUUGUAUGCUUGUGUAUGCACAUAUAUGUCUAUAAGAAAAAGAUUAGCAAGUAAAACGUAUGUGAGCUUAUAAAGAAAUUAUGUUUUACGAGUAUACAAUUGUUCUUUACUGUUAAGUUUCCACGCGCAUGUCUCUGGCGGUUCUAGUCGUGAGACUAAAUUUGUGUGCAUUAGGGCAGAGACGCAAUAUUAUUUUGCAAUAUUUGAAAUAUUUAAAAUAUUUAUAAAUACUUUCAAAUACAAUAUAUCUUACUGCCUAAUUUGCCUAAAUAAACAGAAUUUUGCUGCAAGCGUCAGGAAAGUCAAUUUUCAAAAUUUAUCACGUGUAACUUAUGUAUUUUCUUUUAUAUUUAUAUUAUACAUAUACACUCAGAGAUAUACGUUAUAUUUUUCAAAUAUUAAACUGAGUAUUACACCGAUUGUA